GGGAUCCUGGCCCUGGGUCAGCCGCGCUCGGAGUAUUAAUAGAGCCGCGGGCGGCGGCGGCUCCCGGGUCUGCGCGCAGCUCGCGUCCCGGCACCUGCGCGUCCCCAGGCGGCGCUGCUUCUGUCGGUGCAGUCGGCGUCCCAGCAGCCGGCGCGGGAGCCGAGGAGCAGCAGCGACCAGAGAGCGCCCGGUGCACGGUAACCACCGCCCUCGCGUGGAUUUCAAUUUCCCCGGUGCUCUUUGACCUGGGGUCUCGGAGGACGCAAAGUGGCCCGGAGAUAUUGAUCAGUAAGAGAUGGCUUUUCCAAGCAAGAAGAGUGCUAUUCUGGUGGAUGGGGUUGUACUGAAUGGUCCAACCACAGAUACAAGAGCAGGAGAAAAAUUUGUCGAAGAGGCCUGUAAGCUAAUAAUGGAAGAAGUGGUUUUGAAAGCUACUGAUGUUAAUGAGAAGGUGUGUGAAUGGCAGUCUCCUGAACAGCUGAAGCAACUUCUUGACUUGGAGAUGAGAGACACAGGCGAGCCACAUGACAGGCUGUUGAAACUCUGCCGAGAUGUCAUACACUUCAGUGUCAAAACUAACCACCCAAGAUUUUUCAACCAAUUGUAUGCUGGACUUGAUUAUUACUCCUUGGUGGCCCGAUUUAUGACAGAAGCAUUAAAUCCUAGUGUUUAUACGUAUGAGGUGUCCCCAGUGUUUCUGUUAGUGGAAGAAGCAGUUCUGAAGAAAAUGAUUGAAUUCAUUGGCUGGCAAGGAGGAGAUGGAAUAUUUAAUCCAGGUGGCUCAGUGUCCAAUAUGUAUGCAAUGAAUUUAGCUAGAUACAAAUACUGUCCUGAUAUUAAGGAAAAGGGGCUGUCUCGGUUGCCAAGAUUAGUCCUUUUCACAUCUGCAGAGUGUCAUUACUCCAUGAAGAAGUCAGCGUCUUUUCUGGGGAUUGGCACCGAGAACGUGUGCUUUGUGGAAACAGAUGGAAGAGGUAAGAUGAUACCUGAGGAACUGGAAAAGCAGGUCCUGAAAGCCAAAAAAGAGGGGGCAGCACCAUUUCUUGUCUGUGCCACCUCUGGAACUACUGUGCUAGGCUCCUUCGAUCCCCUGGAUGAAAUUGCAGAUGUCUGUGAGAAGCACGGCCUCUGGCUCCACGUGGAUGCUUCUUGGGGUGGCUCAGCUUUGAUGUCAAGGAAGCACCGCAAGCUUCUGCAUGGCAUUCACAGGGCUGAUUCAGUGGCCUGGAACCCACACAAGAUGCUGAUGGCUGGAAUUCAGUGCUGUGCUCUACUCGUGAAAGAUAAAUCUGAUCUUCUUAAGAAGUGCUACUCAGCCAAGGCAUCAUACCUCUUCCAACAGGAUAAAUUCUAUGAUGUCAGCUAUGAUACAGGAGACAAAUCUAUUCAAUGUAGCAGGAGACCAGAUGCAUUCAAAUUCUGGAUGACCUGGAAGGCCCUGGGGACCUUAGGCCUUGAAGAAAGAGUUAACCGUGCUCUUGCUUUAUCUAGGUACCUAGUAGACGAGAUCAAGAAAAGAGAAGGAUUCAAGUUAUUAAUGGAACCUGAAUAUGCCAAUAUUUGCUUUUGGUACAUUCCACCAAGCCUCAGAGAGAUGGAAGAAGGACCAGAGUUUUGGGAAAAACUUAAUUUGGUGGCCCCAGCCAUUAAGGAGAGGAUGAUGAAGAAAGGAAGCCUCAUGCUGGGGUACCAGCCCCACCGGGGAAAGGUUAACUUCUUCCGUCAGGUGGUGAUUAGCCCUCAAGUGAGCCGGGAGGACAUGGACUUCCUCUUGGAUGAGAUAGACCUCCUAGGUAGAGACAUGUAGCUGUGGCUUUCGGCCCCUCGGAGGCAUGGAUCAUGUGCUGGGCAGGGCAUCUGGAGACACAUAGUAGAUUAUAGCCUUUCUAAUGAGAAACAGGAAUUGCUCCCACCCAGUCAUUGUAAAACGAAGUUGCUAAUAAGCAAUGGUGAUAAGGAUUCUUGUUGCCAAGAAUCAAUAACGCUAAUGUAAAAGAGGAAGUUUUAAAAAGAAUGAGUUUCUCAAGGAUUGUCUCUGGACAUAACCCUGAAGAGUUUAGUAAAUACCAUGUAGAUCUUGGGUUUUGAUCUUACACUGCUCCUUAAAGAACCUAUAAACUAAUAGUUUAAAGCAGCAAUUCUCAGACAGUGGUUCCUGUCCCGGCAGCAUCAAUAUCACCUGGGAACUUUUAAAAAACAGAUGCACAAGCCUCACUUCAGACCAACUAAAUCGGAAAUUCUGAGAGUGUGCCUCAGUGUUCUGCUUUAACAAGCCCUCCAAGUGACGUUGAUGCAUAAUAUAAUCCGAGAAGCACUGUUUUUUUCUUUAAAAAUCUUGUCUUGAUUGAUUAAUGCAUCUGAUAUUUUGCCAGCAAAAGGACAUCAGUAGCCUUUGAGCCACUUUGAAAAAAUACAACCAAGACAUUUGUAGUACAUAUUUUAAAGGCAUCAGGAGCAUGUCAACGCUAUUUUUUAAGAGAAACUAUAUAAAGACAUGUUUUUAUAAACUAUAUAAAGACAUGUUUUAUGCAAGCUGAAUGUUUAUUUUCAAAAGUUAAAAUUAACUUGUCUAUUUUAAUUUAUGUUAAAUUAGAGACGAAGAUAAAAGGAAAACACUUUGAAAUGUGGCCUUUUCAAUCAGUGAACAACAAUCCUAAUUCACUUCCCCAAAUCAUUUGCUUCAGUAGUUGCGAGUAGACGUUACACAGAUAGACAUGUGCAUGUCUGAGUCCCUCUCUUAGGUUUAGAGCUCAUUUUCCCCUUGCUCUCUGCCUUGUAGGGAAUAACCAGAAUAAAGUCCGGGGUUCUACAACAUUCCCAUUUCCAAACUUCGACAUAUUAGUGUAGACUUUUAACUGGUUUACAGUAUGUGCAGAAUCAAGGAAUCAGAGGCCUUUGAUGGAAACAGCUCCAUCUUUUCUGAGAAUGAAUAAUUAUAAUUUCUGAUCCUGAUCCUUGAUUUUUAGGAAAGUUUUAUUUGUCUAAUGAGUGGGUGGAACAGACAGAUGUGGCUGUAGAGUUAAAGCUCUGUGUUGGAAAAUGAAUAUUGAAAAUUGCUCGCAGUGCGCUUUCCUACUUCCUCAUUGACUUGUGUCAUUUCAAUUGUGAAAAGCAGAUGUGGACUCUUCUACUUUUAUGUAUACUUUUAUUGUAGGGUGCAUGGCUUCUCCAUAUCUCCGUUAUUCAAAGAAUGUUCUGACCCUUGUUCUGAAUUACUUUGAAUAAUCUAGUGAUAACUAUUUAUGUGUGUGUACUUCGUGUUUGUUUUUGACUUUCAUAAAAUGUUCCUAAAAUUGAUGUUUGCAGUAAUUUGGACUUUAUGAAAUAAAGAGCAGUAUUAGUGCACUUUGUGUGGUUGACCUUU